AUGAGGUCCAUUAAACCAGAGCACACCACCGGCACAGAAGAACAUUUGCCGGCGAACUUAAUAAACAUCAAACACCAUCCAUAUGACCAUUACCGACGACGAGACCAACACUCACAGUCGGAGCUCAACAAGGGUGAUGGGCUAAGGAUGCUGUCAUUGAGUGGUGUGAGUUCCUAUAUUGUGGGCUUUAUUUGGUUGAAGUAUGGUUCUCUUCCUUCAUUUGGUUGUAAUUUCUUCAAGUUACACAAUGCAGGGUUUACUACAGAGUGUAAGCAAGGUAUGGGUUGCAUGGGAGGUCAGCUGCGUCUCCAUGGUAAUUGUUGGUUUGCUGGUACAAAUGUUUCGGGUACAAGAGUUUGCUGGUGCGUGGUUGUGGCUGCUUGUAGCGCCUCUGGUGGGAAGAUUGUUUUUCUUUUCCGUUAUUUUAAUUUAUUAUGGUUGGACAUUGUAGAUGGUUUGCUGUGUUUCAUUCCUUUUGGCCUAUCCAUGCGGGAUGUGCAUGGCAUUUCUGUUUUUUUUGUUCUUGGGUUUCGAACUGUGGAGUAUGGUACACAUGUGAGUUGUGCAUGGUCUUCAUUCGACAUGUUCCUCUUUUGCAAAGGAACAAUAUCUGUGGAUAGCAUCCUAGGUCAUCUGCUAUAUGGGACUGCAGCGGGAUGGACUUCAGCUAUUUUGUUGACUAUGGCUGCUGGGAAUGCCCAUGAUGUGAUGGACUUUAAUAUAAGAACUUCAUUUAAGGCUUUUGAUUUUAGGCCUAUUUCUUGUUGCAACACAAUCUAUAAGUGCAUAGCCAAGAUUAUUGCUAACAGAAUUAAGGCUGUCCUCCCUGAUUUGAUUGACCAUGUUCAAUCUGCUUUUGUGCAAGGUAGGAGGAUCUCUGAUAAUAUUUUCUUGUCCCAAGAGCUUAUGAGAGGUUAUCAUCGUCAGUCCGUUACUCCUAAAUGUGCUAUGAAAGUUGACAUUAUGAAAGCCUACGAUACUGUUAGAUGGGAGUUUAUUAUUGAUGUCCUAAAGGCCAUGGCCUUUCCACUCUCUAUGAUUUCCUGGAUUAAGGGUUGUAUCACUAGUCCGUUGUUUUCCAUUUGCAUCAAUGGGAGCCUUCAUGGCUAUUUCAAGGGCGCAAGAGGCCUUAGGCAAGGAGACCCUAUGUCUCCUUAUUUGUUUGUCUUGGCUAUGGAAAUCCUGGCUAGAAUCCUUGCUGAGAAAUCCAACCAUCAUCUUUUUAAAUUCCAUUGGAGAUGUGAGAAGACUAAGAUUGUUAAUUUGUGCUUUGCUGAUGAUUUAAUGAUAUUCAGCAAAGGGGAUGCAUCUACUGUUCAAAUGAUUAUGCAUGGGCUUGAGGAGUUCAAGAAUCUUUCGGGUCUUACUCCUAGUGCUGCCAAGAGUAACAUAUUUUUCUGCGGGUGUGACUCUAGUCUUAGGGAGGAAAUUCUUAAGAUUGCCAAUUUCAAGGAAGGUACCCUCCCUGUCAAGUACUUGGGUGUUCCCUUAAUCACCACUAAGUUGAGAGCAUUAGAUUGCCAGCAGCUUAUUGAUAGGAUCACUAACCGUAUUAAGAGUUGGACCAAUAAGGCCCUCUCUUAUGCUGGUAGAGCUCAGCUUAUUCAAACCAUCCUGUUCUCUAUGCAAGUCUACUGGUCCUCGUUAUUCAUCCUCCCUAAGAAGGUUGUUAGAGAAAUUGAAAAUUUACUUAGAGCCUUUCUUUGGUCCGGGGUUGAUCUGAAGAAGCAUAGUGCGAAAAUUGCUUGGGAUAAAGUUUGUGCUCCCAAGUCUGAAGGUGGUCUGGGUUUUAAAUCUCUGGAGGUUUGGAAUAAAGCUGCUAUUGCCAAACAUAUUUGGUUCCUUUUCUCGGGGGGCAAAAGUUUUUGGAAAGUCCCUGUUCCUAGUGACCCUUCUUGGGUCUGGAGGAAGAUUCUCUCUCUUAGGAAGUCAAUAUUUCCUCUCAUUGUCCACAAAAUUGGGAAUGGUAAUGCUACCUUUUUGUGGUAUGAUAAUUGGCAUCCGGUGGGCUCUAUUUGGGACAAAUUUGGGAAUAGGAUUAUCUAUGAUUCUGGUCUCGCUGGGGAGGCUAAAGUGAGCAAUAUUGUUCAUGGGGAUUCCUGGCACUGGCCUUUUCCCAACUCUUGGGAGAUGAGAGACCUUAUAUCGUUGACCCCCCCUUCUUUUAAACCCAGAUCUUCGAGUAAUGAUACUCUUAUUUGGACUCUUACUCAAGAUGGUAUAUUCUCCAUCCAAUCUGCUUGGAACCACUGGAGAGAUAAACAUGAUAAGGUGGCUUGGUAUAAACUGCUGUGGGGUCCGUUCAAUAUCCCUAGAGUUAGUUUCAUUGUCUGGAUUGCCUUACAUGGGAGGCUUAACACUGGGGACAGGUUAGAAUCUUUUGGUCUGAGUGACAAUUUCAAAUGCUCCUUCUGCAAUCAUCACACUGAAAACCACUCUCAUCUUUUCUUUAAUUGCAUUUUCUCUCUAAAGGUUUGGAAUGCUAUUAAAGUUAAGUGUAAUGUAAAGUGGCCUGACAUUUUUUGGCCUGAUAUUGUUCAUGUUGCUAUGAAGGAGAGUCUGGGUAAAUCUCUGAGAGCCAUUACUACUAGACUGGCUCUGCUAUGUACUGUUUAUCAAGUUUGGAUUGAAAGAAAUAACAGAAUUUUUAAUAAGGAAAUGAAACCUGAAGAAGUUGUUAUCAAGUCAAUUGUUCAAAUGAUUAGAGGCAGGCUAAUGUCAUUAAACAAUUUGCCUAGAUCUGCAGGUGAUGAAUGGUUCUUAAAGCAAUGGAAUUUGACUGAUUCCAUUCUGAAGCCCCAUACUGUUCGUAUUCGGAGGGCUGCUGAGUGA